GUGUUCCUACAGCCGAGUUUUCCCGGGCGCUUUUCACGCGACGCGAGUGCAGUGCCAAACUUUUUUUCCAUUUACAAUUUUCCCAGGAUGUUUCGCCCCGGACUUGGCCUUUCGCCGGCGCCGAGAUAAAUCGAUGCAGCCACCGACCGCCACGCCCCCGACUUUCACGCUGAAGGCAUAAGCACGAUGAUACGCGACCCGCGCGCCUCCCCCACGACUCCCGCGUACCCCGGCUACCCCCCUCACUCCCCCUACUUGCGACGCGCCUCCCCGCCCGGAAGCCCCGCCCCCAAGAAGUGCUGCUUCGAGCACAAAGAGCCCGUCAGAGAGACCUUCUUCUGUUGCUGCUACACGUGCACUGGCGACAAGACCACCUCGAUUUUGGCCACCCUGGGCGUCUGCUGCCUGGUCCUGGCCUACACCAUCCUGGGGGCCUUCGUGUUCAUGACCCUCGAGGGCGGCAUGCAGCACGACACGGCGGUGGCGGCGUCGAAGAGCGACCCCAAGAUCAACGACGCCGCCCCCACUACCGUGCGGGAACUGCGCUCGGAAACUGUAGACAGAUUGUGGAGUAUAACGGAAAAUCUGAAUAUUUUGUACAGGGAGAACUGGACCAGGCUGGCAGCCGAAGAGGUGCUGCUGUUCCAGGAGGCGCUGUUCAAGACGCUGAGGAGCGGGGACGGGGGGGAGUACGGGGGCGGCACGGUGUUCUACGGCCAGCACGUGCACAAAUGGAGCUUCAGUUCGUCGUUUCUGUACUCGUUAACGCUGAUUACGACAAUAGGAUACGGCUCCGUGUCCCCCAAGACCUCCUGGGGCAAAAUGGUCACCAUCAUCUACGCCCUCGUCGGCAUCCCCUUGAUGCUCCUCUAUCUCUCCACCACCGGCGACCUUUUGGCCCGCAGCUUCCGUAGACUCUACGGAAAACUCUGCGGCGUCAGCAACCAGAAACCGCAAUGCCCAUGCACAAACCCAGUCAGAGUCCCCGUCACUCUAUGCCUCAUCAUCGUCCUGGCGUACAUCUGUUCAGGAGCUGUCCUGUUCCACCGUCUAGAAAACUGGAGCCUCCUCGAAGGUUCCUACUUCUGCUUCACAUCUCUGGGUACCAUAGGUUUCGGAGACCUCCUCCCAGGACAAAACGCCGAAGAAAUAUCUCUGUGUGCAUGUUCGGCGUACAUUCUUACCGGAAUGGCUCUGGUGGCGAUGUGUUUUAGCUUGGUACAAGACGAGGUUAUUAAUUUAUUGAGGUACAUUGGGGCUACUUGCACUCGGAACAAGAUGCUGAAAGUCAGGGAUGAGGAAAGCGCGAUGGGUACGUCUUGACAGAGACCGCAGACUGAAGGAGCAGCACCGAUUAAGAGACCACCUAUGGUUAAUAAGAUACCGCCAAUGUUACAGCAUAAUAGUCUGCCGAGGAAGAGCAAUUUUCAAAGGAACACCCCAGCGAGGAGGUCGGCAGCAGGUGCCGAGCCGCUCAUUGAAUACUUCGUGCCCAGAAGCGUCAGCGAGUUCGACCUUUCCAUAGCAACCGGCGACACGCCCAUCACUGGAAACUUCUUGCCCUUAACAGUGAGAGUGCCCAGAAAAAUGCAGAACAAGCAGAAAGAGAAAAUGGUAACUUUUGAAGACGAAAUGGCAGUCCGACUCAACAAAGACCCAGAACUCCAGGACGUGUUUAUGUGACAAAAGGGAUAACAAUUAGUUAAUAAGGAGACUAGCUUAGUGGACGAUUUUAACACAGUGAAGAGGGAACUGAAACAGUUCAAAAAUCUGAAACUGUGCGAAGGACUGAAGAAGUGCGACGAGAAUUGUUCGUGUAACGCCGAAGCCGAAUGCGAUAUUUGCAAAGUGAUCGAUUUCACGAUGAAGAAAGACAAACUCUGAGAAAACUAUAGUGCCAAAAUUUGUAUAAAAUUGUAUAUAGAAAUGGACUUGCGGACGAUGAACGUGAUUUUGUAAGUUAAGAACCAAGCAGUAUUAUAAUCAUUGUUGAACAUUUUUAAAUAAAGA